AUGGCACCAGGGAGAGUUUUUUUAUUACUUUUCUUUGUAUUUAUUACACAAGCAGUUGCAGAAGAUAUAGGAUCAGAUCCAAUGACUGUAUUAGAUGGAUGGAAGUUUCACUGUGCUGCUACAACGUGUUUAACGUUCGUUAAUCUCUAUACACGAGAUAUUUCAGAUUGUCAAAUGGCUUGUUUAGCUCAAAGUGAAUGUGUAGCAUUUCGUUUUUAUUUAUCAACUUCUAAUUGUGAAUUCUUUACUGAUAUCUCAGAUCAAAAUGAAAAUAUGAUGACUGAUAUAGAUACUAAUACUAUUAUUGUUAUUAGUGAAACAAGAUUUCUACCUGAAUUAGAAUCAACCACGACAUCAACAUUAUCACCAUUGACAACAUCAUCCACAUCAAUAGCAACAACAUCAUCGUCAACAUUAUCGUUAUCAUCAUUAUUGACAACAUCAUCAUUAACAACAACAUCGACAUCAUCUUCACCAACAACAACAAUAACAGAAACAGAAACAACAUCUUCAUCACCAACAUCAACAACAGAAACAGAAUCUUCAUCAAAAGAAACAAUAUCGUCACCAGCAACAACAACAGAAACUGAAACAACAUCUUCAUCAACAUCAACAACAACAGAAACUGAAACAACAUCUUCAUCAACAUCAACAACAACAACUACACAAACUGAAACAACAUCGUUACCAUCAACAACUACAACUGCAGAAACUGAAACAACAUCGUUACCAUCAACAACAACAGAAACAACAUCGUCACCGUCAACAAGAACAGAAACUGAAACAACAGAUUCAUCAACAUCAACAGCUACAGAAACAACAUCAUCAUCACCAACAACAAUAACAAUAAUAGAAACAACAUCGUCACCAUCAACAACAACAACAACAACAACAACAACAACAUUAUCAUCAUCAACAACAACAACAGAAACAACAUCGUCAUCAUUAUCGUCAACAACAACAGCGACAGCAGCACCAGGUCAGCAAUAG